UCUCUGUCUCCAGUUCACCGCCCUCUUCUUCGAUUCUAGCUCCUUUCUCUUCUAACUUUCCCCAUUCCUUGUCAAGCUCCGUCCCUAGCGUUUCUCUUCAUAGGACUUCUGCCAUCCCGACAUCUGGAAGUCCAUUUUUAAGCUUUUAAAUUGUCUGUGUCAGGCGGAGCCCAAUUUUGAUUAUGAAUAGCUCGAUUUUCUGUGGCGGCCCGCCGCCGAAGCAGAGCGAUGAGAUCGAGUGGGAGAUGAGGCCUGGUGGAAUGUUCGUCCAGAGACGUGAUGCUGUUGGUGUUGACGAUGACCACGGUGGAGUUGGUUCUUCACGCGCUGGGCCCAUGAUCAAGAUCAAUGUCUCCUAUGGUUCCUCUCAGCAUGAGGUUUAUCUCCCAGCUGAAUCUACUUUCCUGGAUGCCAAGAAACUACUAGCACACAAAACAGGUUUAGAGCCUAAUGAGCAACGACUGUUCUUCAGAGGAAAAGAAAAACAAAACGAAGAGCACUUGCACUUGGGAGGUGUAAAGGACAAGUCAAAGAUGUUGCUUUUGGAGGAUGCUGCUAGCAAAGAGAGGAAACUUGAGGAAAUGAGAAAACAAAAUGAGAUGUUAAAAGCUUCUCAGGCAGUUGCUGGAGUCAGGGUAGAGGUGGACAAGCUUUCUGAUAGGGUGGCUGCCUUGGAAGUGGCUGUUAAUGGGGGAACCAAGGUCUCAGAGAAAGAGUUUCUUACAUCAACUGAGUUGCUUAUGAGGCAGUUGCUGAAACUGGAUUCUAUUGAAGCUGAAGGUGAAGCAAAGAUGCAGAGAAAAGCUGAGGUACGUAGGGUGCAGAACUUCGUUGAUACGCUAGAUUCUCUGAAGGAGAGAAACUCCAAGCCUUUUAGCAAGAAUGGCAGUGCAGUCUCAGUAACAACCAAAUGGGAGAAGUUUGGUUCUGGAAUGGGAAGCUUGAACGCCCCAUCUCCAAUGUCGUCCUCAGGCCAAGCAUCCCAAGAUUUUGAGCGGUUGGAUUAGCUCAAAUUGCUCUGUUUCUCGAAAAUUUAUGUGGAGAAUUGAAUUUUUCAGCAUGUACAAAACCCCUUCGUUCUUUGUUCAACUUUCAAAUGUAAUAGUUUACUAUAGACGAAAUAUUGAAAUCAAACCUAUUGUCUUAAUUCACUCCUAUUCAAUUUUUGGUUUA